AACAAAUGGCACCUGUAAGUGAAAAACUUGAUUGAAUAGAGAGACCUGAAGCAUUAACCAGCAUUUGUGUAGACUCCCAAGACACCUGUUGACGCUAAUGCUGCAGGCCCUAUGCUUCGUUACCAAGCCAACCUCCCCAAAUUACCCGUACCUGCUCUUUCCGAGACACUUCAAAAGUAUCUCAAGACCGUCCACCCUCUUUUAAGCGAAGAAGAGUACAAGCGCACAGAACAAGCUGUCAAGGAUUUCGAAGCACCUGGUGGUUUAGGACAACAAUUGCAACAGCGUUUAGUUGCCCGUGCUCAAAAUCCCGAGAUGGUUAAUUGGAUGGAAGAAUGGUGGAAUGACCAAGCUUAUAUGGGAUACCGUGAUCCUGUUGUUGUCUAUGUCUCAUACUUUUUUGCUUAUAAGGACGACAAGUUCAGAAAGAACCCUGCUGAACGUGCAGCUGCUAUCACAACAGCUGCUUUAGAAUUCAAGAAGCUUGUUACCGAAAAGACUUUAGAACCUGAGUAUGCCAAGGGAGAGCCCAUGUGUAUGGAUUCCUACAAGUAUAUGUUUAAUAACUGUCGUAUUGCCCAUAAGCCCAGCGAUUUGGCUGCUUCUUUUGAUCCUUUCAAGAACACCCACAUCAUUGCUAUUCGUAAGAACAAAUUUUAUUUUGUCGAUACUGUUCAUCAUGGUGUUCAACUCAAUACAAAGGAACUUCAACAACAAUUCGAGAGAGUCAUUGAUCAAGCUGGAGAUGUCAAGGGUCUCCCUAUUGGUGUCUUGACCUCUGAUAACCGUGACAAAUGGUUUGAUAACCGCAACUUGUUAUUGGCAGCUAACCCCAUCAACAAGGAAAUUAUGGAUAAAAUUGAAACAUCUUCAUUUGUUGUCUGUCUUGAUGAUUUAGAACCCAAGACCCGCGAUGAAUUAUGCCGUGCUAGUUGGCAUGGUGACGGUCGUAACCGUUUCUUUGAUAAACCCCUUCAAUUCAUUGUUUAUGAGAAUGGUAGAGCCGGUUUCAUGGGAGAGCAUUCUUGCAUGGAUGGCACAACCACUUGCCGCUUAAAUGAAUACGUCUGUGACGGUCUUGCUAGAAACCUUAUCAAACAUGGUCAUAACAGUAUUCGUAAGGACAUUCCUCAACCCCAAAUCCUCACAUUUGUCACCAACAAGGAGAUUGAAACGGCUAUUGAAGUUGCUGAAAAGGACUUUGAACAAUUGAUUGGACAACAUGAGAUGACCGUACUUGCCUAUCAAGCCUUUGGUAAGAACUUGAUCAAGAAGUUCAAGUGUUCUCCUGACGGUUUUGUUCAAAUGGCUAUUCAACUUGCCUACAACAAGAUGUUUGGUACUAGCAGACCUACCUAUGAAUCUGGACAAACCCGUAAGUUCCAACGUGGACGUACCGAGACAUCUCGUACUGUCUCGGAUGAAUCUGUCGCCUUUGUCAAGGCUAUGGAAAACCCUUAUCUUCCUGAUAAUGAAAAGAUUGCUGCUUUCCGUACCGCUCUCAAAGCUCAAGGACAAUAUAUGGCUGCCGCCGUUAACGGUCAUGGUGUGGAUCGUCACUUGUUUGGUUUAAAGAACAGUUUGAAAGCCAACGAAAAGAAGCCUGAAUUAUUCACGGAUCCUGCUUUUGCUUAUUCCUCUCAUUGGUAUCUCUCUACUUCUCAAUUAUCAUCUGAGCACUUUGAUGGUUAUGGUUGGGGUCAAGUUGUGAAUGACGGUUUUGGUUGUGCUUACAUGAUUAAGGGUAACGCACUUCAAUUCAACGUUGCUAGUGUAAAGGAUCUUACUGUUCACGGUAAACAAUAUAUCGAUGGUACUUAUCAAUUCAAGCAAUGUCUUGAAGACGCUUGUAACGAAUUACGUGAUUUAUUGAUGACCGAAGUUCCUGCUCAAGCCAAAUUGUAAAUUAUAAAUAAAAUAGAAAACAAAAUGCAUAAUAUUUUGGGAUGCACACACACUGAUAUAUGAAUUCCCGACCGUG